GCCGCUACUUCACUAACAGCAGCUAUCCCAGCCACUUCCCGAGUCCCUCCACGUCACUUUGCCUACCAGGGGAGCUUUAUCUGACCUAUACCUACAUGUGCUAUAGAAUCGUUUAAACAUUUAACCCGAAGACUCACGUCUAGAAACAUCACUCAUCCUAACCAACCGUUGACCUGUUGAUUGCAAAGAACCUCGGUCGUGUUUCACAAUGGCUUCUAUUGGGCCAGCAUUGCCCCCGCAGCUCGCGAAACGCAAGCGCACGCCCGACGACGAGGAAACAUCUACAGACUCACCCGCAUCGAAAAUACGUGUUUCAGAAAGCACGCGAACCAACGAAGAUGAAGUUGAGCUCGACAGUGAUAGCGAUGAUGGAUACGGUCCUCCUGCUCCAAAAGCUAUCUCGCGCCCGUCUUCAAUAGGCCCGGCCCCCCCUCCAUCAACCUCAGCAGGGCCAAGUCUCUCAGAGAAGAACACCAGCAGUACCUCCCCUAAAAGCGAGGAGAAAACCACUGGUCCUUCGGCGCCAUUACCACCCACCACACACACGACAAACCGCUCAAUAGGCCCUACACUACCACCGACAAGCACAGACGAAAUCGACCUCGAAAGUGAAGAUGACGACGUUGGCCCAGCACCGCCAGAACCCAAGCGUGUCCAAGGCCCUGCUCCACCCCCAGCAGACCUCUCAGAAAGGCCGCCAGCAGAUUCAGAAUCCGAUUCGGACGAUGAUUACGGGCCGGCCCUCCCAUCAUCCACAUCACACCAAAAGCGGCAGGCCCGUGCUCUCGAGGCAGCAGAAGCCGAAGCAGCAACAGUUAAAGCGCCCCAGCGCGACGAGUGGAUGCUCGCGCCGCCAAGCGCAGGUGGAUAUCGUGCCUCAGACCCGACGAAAAUAAAAGCGCGCCGCUUCAACUCAGGUCCGCGCGCAGGCGCAAGCAACGGCGGCGAAAUCAGCAGCAUAUGGACAGAGACGCCCGAGGAGAAGCGCAAGCGUCUCGAGAACGCCGUGCUAGGCCGGGACACAACAGCGGGAUCCAGUGCAUCCUCGCAUCCGCCACGUCCGCAAAGCAAGACCAAAGAAGAUGUUGCGCAAGCCGCGCGGAUCCAGAACUACACCGAGUCGACGCGCGGCCGCAGUUUGUACGAGGAGCACCAAGCGGCGCGGGCGCGCGGCGACAAUCCCAAGACCGUCGGCGCCAAGAGCUGGGUGGACGAGGAAGAGGACGACCCCAGCAAGCGCACCUUCGACAAGGAGAAGGACAUGAAGCUCGGAGGUCGUAUCGGCGCUGCGCAGCGGCGGGAACUACUGAACAAGGCCGCUGACUUUGGCGGUCGGUUCGCCAAGGGGAAGUAUCUAUAGACAGCUGCGCAAGAUAGAAGAACGCACAUCGAUCUAAUUACAUUGGUCAUGGAUUGAUCUUAUCAUCUUUCAGCCUGCGAAUUUGAUAAGUAAGAACGCAUAUAUAUAUAUCUGUCUAUACCUUAAGUGCUGUGGAGAACAUAAGGAUCCAGGAAAGGGGUAAGUUGAUGAGGUAACUUUUAUACAACCUCGAAGUACCUAAUUACUAGUCACGCCUGAUAUAACCACCAAAAAUACUCACGACUAUCUAACUAACUUGAAUUCCCUAAAUAAUCUUUUUGCGUAGGAAUUAUGCCCAGGGCGAUUUCAUACUCUCAUUACCUCUCUCGUAGUGAUUAUAGAUAAUCCCAACCGUCGUCUCCGCGAGGUGCUCAACCCGAAAUGCAUCUCAACAAUAUCUAACGCAUUAGUCGUCCACACUCAGAUCUAAUUGUACAACAUUA